AUGAAUAAAAAUAAUAAUAUUGAAAUAAAAUUAAAUUAUAUUGUUUUCAUUGAUAUACAACCAUAUUUAUUAUAUAAUGAAACAUUUAAAAGGAUAUUAGAAAUUAGUUUAUUAAAUAAAUCAAUAUUUAAAUCAACACAACAAAUAAUAACCCAUCAACAACAAUUAAUAAAAUUUUAUCCAUCUAUUAAUAGUAUAUUUAAAUAUAUAAAUUGUUUUGCAGAUAUAAAUUUUAACUAUGAUGAAAAUGAAUUUGAAGAUAGUGAAAAUGAAGAUAAUUGUAAAGAAAAUCAUUAUAAUAAUGUCAAUGUCGAUGGUCAAAAUAAUGAUGAUGAUGAUGAUAAUGAAAACUAUAAAUAUAAAUUAAUUCAAUAUAAAGAUAUAGAAAAUUUAUAUUGUAAAAGUAAAGAUGAAAAUUGUUUAUGUGGAAUAAAAAAAUUUUUAAUUGAAAAUUUAGGUAGUAAUAAUAAAUUAAAACACGUUACAUUGGUAAAUGGAAUUUUUGCGAAAUCACUUGCACUUGACCCAUCAUGUAAUGGUUUUUUUAAAUUUAAUAAACUUAUUUUAAAUUGGGAUCGCAAAGAAUUCCCUUGGUCAAUUCCAUAUGAAAAUGAAGAUUAUGCUAAUAUAAAACUUGAAAGUGAUUUUGAAUAUUCAUUCGAUUAUUUAAAUAGAUAUAAACCAAAAGAAAUUAAAAUCAAUACAGUAAAGGGUAAAAUGAAAUUACAUAUAACUAAAUUAAAUAACAUUUUAAAGUGUGAUUCAAUUGAAAAAAUUCAAUUCACCCAACACGAUACUCCAUCAUCAUUCUUACAACAUAUUGUAUCCUAUAAAUCAAUUGUACCACCACCACCAUCACCACCAUUAAUUAAAUCAUUAACAAUUAGAUUAUGCAUUAAUGAUACAGUUUAUUGGGAAGAUUUUAAAAAUAAUAAAAACUAUUGUUCAAGUGAAAUCGUUGGUAAAAUAUUUAAAGAUUGUCAAUUUCAAUCAAAUACAACAUUAAAGGAAUUAAUAUUAUUAGAGACUUUAAAAUAUUCAGAAAUUAAAAAGAAUCCAACUUAUUUAUUAGAAUCAUUAAUUGGUAAUAAAUCAUUAACAACAUUAGGUUUACAAGUAUUUAAACUUUGGGAUGAAUGUUUUGAAUGGAAGUCUCGAGAACUUUUAAUUCCUAGAGAAUUGAAACACUCUCUUGAUGAAGUUUCAAAAUAUUCUAAAACUCUAUCACCUCUAUUGAAAAUACCAACAAUUACAACAUUACAUUGUGAUUUUAAUUCAUUAUUAUCAUUCCUUCAACAUUGUAAUGAAAAUUCAAAUAUUAAAACUUUAAUAGUAACAAAAGGUCCAUAUGAAGAUAAAACCAAUUCAAAUAGAUAUAGUCCAACAUUAACAAAUGAUGAACUUGAAUUUAUUUCAAAUUUUUUUAAACAAAAUAAAUCUUUACAAGUUUUUGGAUUAAGAAAGAUAUAUUUUGAUCAAUUAUUAACAAUAUUUAAUAAUAGUUUUAGUAAAUUAAUUAUAAAAUUCAUUUAA